AUGCAAAAAGCAAUGAAAAGCGCAGAAUAUAUAAAAGCUAAUAAUGACUGGUUAGAUGCCCAAGCCAACGCUAAAGCAGCCCAACUUAUAGGGUCAAUAAGGACAAAAAUACAAGCGGAUGAAGACAGUUCAAAUGAAGCUUUAAUGAAUGCUGACUUUAAGAAUGCCUUCGAAGCUCUUCAUAGUAAGGUGAAACUAGUGAACGACUUCUCAUCUGGAAAGAAACUGAAGUCUGAAGGUUUCGACAACGAGUUAAGAGAAGUAGCACAAAAUAUGACGAAAAUAACAGAUGCAGCAACGAGACAGGCAGUUCAAAGUGCCUAUGACGCCGUUAGAGCAACUGUUGUGGAAAGUCAAGAAAAAGAGUUACAACAGACCAAAACAGACCUAGUAAAUGCUUUCUUAAAAACGAAAAGUCAGGUAGGACAUUAUGCUGCAGAUGGAACAUAUGUGCCAGCUGGUGGAACUUAUAUACCACCAAACCCUCCAAGAGAAGCACCUGCACCAGGACUACCUAAAACAUUUACAUCGUCACAUGGACACAGACACAGGCAUGCACCAAAACCAACACAACAACCAACAGUUCAAAAUCCAGCACCACAACAACAACCAAAACCAACAGUUCAAAAUCCAGCACAGCAACCAACAGUUCAAAACACUGCACAGCAACCAACAGUUCAAAAUCCAGCACCACAACCAAAACCAGCACAACAACCACCUCCACAACCAGCACAGCAACCAACAGUUCAAAACCCUGCACAACAACAACCACAAACAGAGCAAGGACAUAAAAGAAGUAGAGAAAAAGGAAACCAAGAAUUCUUAAAAAUGCUUAAGGAAGAUUAUGGUUACCCAGAUACUCUUGACUUUAGUGACAGAUAUAAAGAAGCUAUUAGAAAGUUCAAGGAAGGAAAUACUGACCCGAACCUAUUUAGCUUUAUGGCUCAGCAUCAAAUCGGAUAUAAUCUCAAACCUGGAAAAUACAAGCUCGCUAAGGGAUAUGAUUUAAUAGCAUAUCAUCCAAAUGACAUGAAUGAAUUUACUCCGAGAUAUUUGAUGUCAGAGCUAAAUGA